UACAAGUACUACUAGCCAAAAUAAAGUGCGGCAAAAAUGAUUUGCAUUUCCUUUACAAGCAAAAGUCCUCAAAUGCACAAAUUAUAUGUAUAAUCCAUAUUAGUCAUCGAGCUUUAAGAAGUCUUUCAAAAUAAUUAUUUGAUUUUCAGUUGAAUCCAACUAAUGGAAUUUAGGCAGUCGGCACACCUCAACAAACCACAUGUCCUCAUUCUAAACUUUGGGGAAAUGGAGGAACUUUCAAGAUUUGACACUAAAUCCGAGCCCAUUGAAAGGGCGGAUUCUCGCAUACAAGUUUCGCUGAAUGUAGCUCAUCCGUGCAUUAGGCUUACAGUUUACGGGCCAAGGAAGCGAAGGGAAUGAGCUCGUCAGCUUCUCCUCCAUGCAUCCAACGGCUGAAAUGAGAAUGGCACAGCUUAGAUGUGAAGUAACAUGCAAGUGAAUAUGACUUUUGAAAUAUCAACACAACGAGAAUAUAAACAAGCUGUCUGUUACAUUUAAUCUACACAACUUAUCACUGUUGACAAUGCACUGCUUUUCUUAUCCCCAUGAAAGGAAUCCAACUCUUAUAUAGAGCAAAAGGAUAACAAAAGCAUAGGAAAGAGAUAUUUCAAACAAAAGGAGCCUUUUUCCAAACAGAACACAGCUAAUCUUUCUUAAAUCAUAUGCACUUUAUUCUGAUUCUCCUGCAGGCUGCAGGACUCGAAAAUUAUAUAAGACGGCUCCAGCUUCUUCUGGUCAAACAGGCAUCUCUUCCGGUACUACACGCUUGCAGAAAUGGCAAAAAAUAUUGGAAUCCUUGUAUGUCCUUUAAUCAUGGUUAUGGACAUUGUAGCAGGUGUUCUUGGUAUCAAAGCAGAGAUAGCUCAGAAAAAGGUUUGCCAUCUAUUCAUAUCAUUUGAAUUUAAUUUUUAUUAAGAAAAGUUUGAAUGAAUUUCUCAAUAUGUACUUCUGCGAACAGGUCGAACAUUAUAGGGCGUGGAUUUUUGAAUGUGGAGACCCUAGCUAUCAAGCUUUCAAACUUGGGUUGGCUGCAACAGUGCUAUUAUCUGUGGCACACGUUAUUGCAAAUUUGUUAGGUGGGUGUAUUUGCAUUACAUCAAAAGAAGAACUGGAUCAAGCUUCUCCUAACAAGCAACUUGCAGCAGCUUCCCUCAUCUUAUCAUGGAUUUUGUUAGCUGUUGCAUUCACAAUGGUAAUCUCUGAAACAUUAGCAAACUCAAAGUCAAGAAGAGAUUGCAGAUUAGCGCAGCAUCACCUACUGUUUAUCGGGGGAGCUAUAUGUUUUAUACACGGACUCAUUUUGGUUACUUAUUAUGUUUCCACAGUCGCUGUUUUUCGAGAAAAGAAGAAACUUAAUGAACAUGAAGGUUAGGCCUAACUAGGGUUGGACAUGGUUCAGUUCGGUUCCAAUGAAAACAGAACUAAACCCGAAAUUUUCAAGUAUUUAGUAAGUGGAACCGUCCGGUCCAAAUUUAAUUAUGGAAUCGUUCAGAUUCGGUUUCAUUCGGUUCAGUUCUGUUCGGUUCGUUUCCUAGGUUCUUUAUUAUAAUUAAAAAAUUUUAAU